GUGCCACCAACUGGUCACACUGUCAAACAAUGCUGACGACACGACAAAUACGAUUUAAAACUUUCUUGCGUCUGUAAAAAUGCGCAAGCACGCUGCCAGCGCAACUUACGCACCCGUAAUUGAAACAAAUGUUUGCUGAACCACUUCCGCCCACUCAAUGUAAGCGCCAACAUCUCUUCCACCGCCGUCGCCGUCGUCGUCGCCGCCGGAUUACUUUGUUUACAAUUUUGCUUACACAAGUGCAGUCGUCAAUAGCCUUUAAUUUCGAAGUGGCAAGUACGUAGUUUUCGCCGUAUCGCUAAUAGAUAGUCACAGGUGGUUGGUAAUCAGUACGGAGCAGCUCUUUGUCUGACUAUUGUGUCUGCAUACGCGGGCGGACUCCCACGAAGAAACCGGAAACGAAAUCCAAUUCGCGGAAUUGCGAGGUCGAGUGAAAGUACGGAGUAUUCCCGGCAAAAUGAUGGCUCACUCCGCCCAUGUGAUGACGCUGGCGAACAGCAUCAUAGGUGUCGGCAUCCUGGCCAUGCCCUUCUGCUUUCAGAAGUGCGGCAUCCUGCUGUCCAUAGUUCUCCUGGUUUUGAGCAAUGCAAUCACCCGGGUUUGCUGCCAUUAUCUUAUCAAAACUUCGCUGCUGACACGUAGGAAGAGCUUUGAGAUGCUGGGUCUACACGCUUUCGGCGCUUCCGGUAAGUUGCUAGUGGAGCUGUGCAUCAUUGGCUACUUGAUCGGAACGUGCAUCACGUACUUUGUGGUUGUCGGCGAUCUGGGCCCGCAAAUAAUCGCUAAGAUUUUCACUCUAAACGUAGCGGAGCAUCUGCACCUGAGGAGUCUGGUAAUGGUCGUGGUGACAGUAGUCUGCAUAGUGCCUCUUGGCAUGCUCCGGAAUGUGGACAGUUUGUCGGCCGUAUGUACCGCCUCCAUAGGUUUCUACGUAUGCCUCAUUUUCAAGAUCGUGCUGGAGGCCCAGCCGCAUAUUACAGCCAACGACUGGACGGAGAAGGUGCUCUACUGGGAGCCGGCUGGUGUGCUUCAGUGCCUGCCUAUCUUCAGCAUGGCGCUCUCCUGCCAAAUGCAGCUGUUUGAAGUCUUCGAGAGUAUUAACAACCAAAGCCUCGACAAGUUAAACGGUAUUGUGCGCAAUGCCACUUGGAUCUGUACUUUUGUUUACAUAUCUGUUGGGUUUUUCGGCUAUGUGGCCUUCUGUACUCACACAUUUUCGGGCAACAUUCUGGUAAAUUUAUCGACCUCCUUUGGCAGCGAUAUCAUCAAAAUUGGCUUUGUGCUGUCGAUUGCUUUCAGUUUUCCACUCGUUAUCUUUCCCUGCAGGGCCAGUCUCUAUUCGUUAUUAUACAGAAAGGGCCACUCGGAGAGCAGUAGUUACAUACCAGAACAACGUUUUCGAUUGAUAACCAUCUUCAUUGUUGUCUUCUCGCUAUGCGUGGCAUUGGUUAUUCCCUCCGUAGAGCUAAUCAUUGGCUUGGUGGGCUCUACUAUUGGAGUGGCCAUUUGCAUUAUGUUUCCCGCCUCCAGUUUUCGCAAUAUCAUCAAAAAGGAAUCAAUGGAACGCACUGUGGCCCAGUUCAUAUUUGUGAGUGGAUUCCUUUUGAUGAUUUUAGGAACUUACGCCAACCUGAGUGCGAUUGAUGAAAAGAGCUCAGGACCGGAGUUCGAUAUUGUUCCAAUAGUCACGCCUCUGUAUCCUGAAGGUCAAGUACCCGCUGUGGUCGGCGAGCUACCCAAACAUUUGGCCAAGAAUCCGGCUGAAAACGAAAAGAAUCUUUUGCUAAAAAAGUUGGAAGUUCAAAAUCCAGAGUUAGUUAAGGAAAUUGUAGAGGAAAAGAUACUCGAUAAGCCAAAGAUAAUGCAAACUGCUUCCUCCGAUAACCCACCGUUGCCUCCACUGCCCAUCGAUGAAGUCCAUGUAGUUCCCUUAGAGAGUGAAAAAGCUGCAAGUGGUCUUAAAAAACCACUAGAAGGAGCUGCAGAAGUUAACCCACCAGAAACCAAACCAGACGAGGUCAACCUGACCGACGAUAAACCAAAGGAAAUAGCACCUGUCGGUGCAGCACCAUCGGAAGCUCCUAAACUAGAAUCAAGUCUGUUAUCAGCAAGCAAUACAAUUGACGGAGCGGCUAUCAAGAAGGAGGAGGAAGUGGCCGCGGAGGAGCAAAAGGAGAGUAAAGCUAGUGCUGACGAGCUGGCCAAGACCCAAAAAGAACUUAAAGAGACCAAGAAACUGCUGGCCAAAACCGUGGUCGAGCUUAACGAGGAGCUGGCCAAAAAUAAUCCACUUAGCCAGCAACCUUUGGAGUUAGAGGUGAAGCAAUCUUUAAAUGUUGUCGCUAGAGUUGCAGAAGAAACGAAAAAAUCUGAAAAUAUGCUCAAGGACACGCAACCUGUUGCUAGGGGAAAGGAAGAGCGCAGGCCCAAGGCUUUAAUGGAGAUACUCACCGAAAAUACUCAUCUGCGCGAUGAGAAGGAAGCCCAUGCGGGUGUUUUCGAACCACUCUCUUAUAAAACCGGAGAGUUGCUUAGGAACUCCAGCGUAAACUCAGCAGAUCUGAUAAAACGAUUGCCCAUCCCACUGGCCCUUAUGAUAAAUGCGACUCAGCCAAAGGCAUUAAAUGACUCGGAAAUUAAAAAACCAAACCUAGAAGACAACGUGGAGGCCAUCCGCAGGGAGCUGCUUAACCUGCGAACUUCGGGAGAUGCGACAGAGCGACCGCCAGCGAGGAUCAAACGAGAGGCCUCCAACGAGGAAAACUGCCUUCGCGAGCCCAAGCUGAAUGAAGUAAAUAAAAAUGUGGCCGCAGCGGCCUUGGUCUUGAACAUGGAAAGUAUUGGACGGGAUCUCAAAUCCAUCAAAGAUGACGAUGUUGAGAUAACCAGUGAAAACGAAUCCAACAAAGAGAGUUUAAACGGAACCCAAACCCCGCAGCCUACAUAAUGUGGAUAGUCUACAAAGUAUGCAAAGCUUUAUGUACAUAAACUUUACACGUAUUUAUUUAGUUUAUAAGAGAUUGUAGUCUAGGACUGUAUACAAAUAUAUACAAACAUAGAGUUCAUAUGACUAAGGAA